UUCAAGUUAAACUUUUGUAAAGUGCAUUACGUAUAUAUUUCAAUAAAUAGUUAUUUACUUUAUAUUUGCACCGGAAGAGAUAAUAUUUUUAUGAUCAAUUAACAUACUUAAACAUGGUGAACUAUUGUUGUGUUCAAGGUUGUAACCGCAACAGUCGAGCUAACAAACACCUCAAUUUUUAUAGUUUGCCAAAAGAAAAAUACCGUCAGAAACAGUGGCUAAAACUAGCUGGCAGGGAUGAUUUGCUGGAUCAAGAUCUGGAAAGACUUCGGAAGUCACUUAGGUUCUGUUCUCGUCAUUUUCAACCGAAUUGUAUCAAAAACAGAUUCCUAAGUAAUGAUGCUGUGCCUAGCAAAAGUCUUCCAGGAUCAAUGAGUGAAGAUGAAACAGAUACAGAACCAGAGAAGCAUGAAGGUGUUGUAUGUGACAGCUGCUCCGAGCCUAUUUGCGGGUUUCGUUACAAAUGUGUGACAUGUGACAACUAUGAUCUCUGUCAGAAGUGUGAAAUGCUUGGUUCACAUCCGCAGCAUUAUAUGUUAAGGAUACCCAAGUCAAUUAAAUUUCAAGUUGCAGAUGAUCUACUAAGCAAAUGGAGAGAAUUUUUCAAAGCUGAACAUGUCAUACCGGACUCUAAUACUAAUGAUUUAUCCAGCGAUGAUGAACCAGUUACGAAAUACAUCCGAGUAAGGAACUAUGAUAGUGGUAUUGAUCUCUCAGAAGAUGUAAAGAGAGAUAUCAGAUGUGAAGUUGAUCGAGCUCUUAAAUCGAUUGAGGAAAAGAAAAAACAAAAGUCGACGGCCGUUUCUGAUGAGGUUCCAAGCAAAAAAAUUAAAUUAGAUAAUGAAAUGACGAUUGAAAUAGCAAAACCAGUAUCGAGUACUCCCGAGUUAGCUUUUGCUGAUGUUAAUGAUUAUGAUCAGAAUGAUGUCAAGACUGAGGGAACUUCGUCUGCACCUUUAGCGACACAAGGCCAAACGCAACCGCUGUACUACAUGAAGUUAAGUGGAGAUUUAUCAGAAUUAAUGAUGGAAUUAACUCAGACUAAUAAAGAUGGAUGAUUUAUAAUUUUAAGCUAACAGUUAAUAAAAAUUAGCAUCUCAAAAUA